AGGAAGGUAAGGGAAGCACUUUGCUGUCUAACUGUCCGGUACAGGAGCACAAGCGGUGUAGAUUGUGCCACUGGCCUGCAGUCAUAUGGAGCUACCAGAGUGUGAUCACAAUGCAAUAACUAUUUUCUGUCUGGGAACCGAGAGAAUCUAGUUGAGCCGUUGGAACUACAUUGUCUUGAUUCCGGGUGCGCCAUCGUCCUAUUGGUGGCGUGAACAAGGAAGGAAUUCCUCUAUCGGAGCUCCAACAACAAAGGAGAGAGGGAGAGGAGCGGAGCCGGUGGGAAGGGAGGAGGGGGUGCUGUGAGAGGGGAGAGGAGGACAUUGUUUGCCUGUGGCUGUGGGCAACGGAAAGCAUGGGUUAUCAGGCCUUGUGUGUUUUUGUUUAGAGAGUGUGGUUUGAUGUGAGGAUGUCUGAGUGAGUUGUGAGUGUAUGUGCGUGAGGAGGCUUCUUGGGAAGGGAGGGAGGCRAUUCAAAGGAUGCUCAAACAAGGCAGGAAUUUUUUUCUCUCCUUUUUGAAUGGUGACUGAGGACUAGCUGAAUUCCUUUGCUCUAGCCGUUGUGCUCGUCUCMGCUCCAGGGCAUCUGAAGGAUCUCCUGCAUGCAUGGCAGAGGGGCCCACUCUCGCCUAUUACCUCACUAUCCCCUGGGCUGAAGGAUUAUGGGUAAUCUGAUCAGCCGGCCCAGCUGCCUGGGCCAGAAGUCCAAGCAGGUGAGGUCCGACGAGGACUUCCUGAAGGAGUGCUACCAGCGGCGUCGCGAAUGGCAAGCUCCGCCCCUGACGCACCACGGGGAGGCCAGGCGGGAGGAGGUGGUCAGAGAGAGGGAGGAGGAGGAGGAGAGGGUGACAGACAGGACGAAGGAGGGUGAGGUGGAGGACGAGGUGUCUCACCGCGACACCCCUCCCUCGGACAAACCCCUCAGGACCAACCCCUCCCCCACCCCGACGGUCACCACCACCAGUACUCUGGACAAUGCCUUGCGCGGCACCCCCUCCCCCAGCAAGACUUCCAGUAACAGCACCCUGACCAGGAAGGCCGUGGUCCAAGAGAUCCCCUAUGGGAGAUCCCCUCUAGCCCAGCCCGGCUCAGUCCCGGGCUCAGCGGAGAGGAGGGCCAGCUUCCAGAGGAGAGACUCCAGAGAAGGAAGCCUCCAGAGGAGAGACUCUAGAGAGGGCAGCCCCUGGUCCUGGAAGACCUUGGCCUCCCGCGAGGUCACGGAGGUGACGGAAGUGACAGAGACAGUCGUGACAGAGAUUGUGGAGGUGACGGAGUACCCGUCUGGAGAGAAGGGCGGAGACGCCAUAAUCACCAGGACUGUUAGGGUUCUGACUGGAGCUGCUGAGGAACUCGCUGAGCUGCAAAGCGAUGGACAUUCUAGUUCAGACCAAGAUUCCAGCUCGGACCGUUGGAGGGGAACGAGAUCUGCCUUGACUCUGAGAGACGAUUUUGCAGAUUCUGAAACGUUCCAUCAAUCCCUGGAAGCACUGUUGACCUGGGUCUGUGAGAUAGAGGAGCUGACAGCCAAUCAGAAGCCUCUAUCUUCAGAGGUCAAAGUGGUGAAAGCACAGCUGCAAGAGCAGAAGCUCCUGCAGCGUCUCCUGGAGGACCGGAGGCACAGUAUGGAGACCAUGAUGCUGGAGGGCCCUCAUGUGGCCGAGGCUUUCCCAGGGGACGAGGGGGAGCAGGCCAGGGUCCAGCUCUCCACGCUCAGACACAAAUGGGAGGCCUUACUGGUAGAUGCGGUGAACAGGCGGGGCAAUCUGGAGCUCAUCCUGCCUAGGGCCAAGCUCUUCCAGGAGAGGGUGGACAGCCUGCAGCAAUGGCUCAUCUCUGUGGAGCAGGACCUGGCCAAGCUACGCAACGCUGAGAGGGAAAUGCUACACCUCCCCGAGGCUACGGAGGAAGCCAAGGCUGUGGUGGAAGAGAUCAAGGCGAAAAACGCUGACUUGGUGAAAAUUCAACAGAGCGGUCAUGACCUCAAGGAGAAGAUUUCAGAAGAGGAAGCCCAGCAGGUGCAGGAGCGUGUGGACAGCCUGAGGAUACGCUGCUCGGUGUUGAGCCUGACCAGUGGUGACGUGCUGCAGAGACUGGAGCAGGCCCUGGAGGCAUCCAGCCGCUGCACCUCCAGCCAGGAAGACCUCCACCUGUGGCUGGGCCGCAUCGAGAGGGAACUGCUGGGGCCUGCUGGGGGGCAGACUGGGGGUGGAGACGCGGUGCUCUGUGCUGCAGAGAGACAGAGGUUGGAGCAGGCUGUGGUGAAGGAGAUGGCCUGGUUCAGAGACACUGCCCUGGGCCUGGAGCAACUUAAAGCCAUUACUCUGGAGCCUGAGCUUAUCUCUGCCCAACUCUAUGAACAGAAGAUCCUUGCGGUGGAGAUUCUGCAACACCAGUUCAACAUUGAGAAGAUGGUGAAGAUCGCUGAAAUCUUGCAGACAUACGGCGAUGAAGGGGAAAUACGGGAUCUGCAGACCCCGUUGGAUGCCUUACAGGAACAAUGCAACACCACGUCAGCCACCAACUCCCACGUGGUCCUGCAGCUGGAGCAUGCCCAGUCCCUCUUGGUCCAGUUCACUGAGGGCUUUGCUGAGGUGUCACCAUGGCUACAGGAAACCCAAGCGCUCAUUGGCCAGCUCUCCCUGAGCACCAUUAGCUACAAGGCAUUCCGAGAACAACAGGACCUCUUACAGGGCCUAAGGGAGUCCAUAGCAGAGCAUAGACCUCUGAUAGCACGGCUGUGCUCGCUGGGGAAGCGUCUGUCAGAGCUUAGCCCCGCCCAGGGGGAGGAGUUCUGUCAUAGCGCCGCGGAGGCUGAGGAGCAGCACAGGGCCAUCAGGGACAGGGUCAGAGAGGCUGCCAAUCUGCUGGAAGAGUCCCUGCCAAGAUACACACAGUUGAAUGAGAGGAUGACGCUGAUUAGAGAGAGUCUGGACCGUCUGCUUGGCCACAUGCAGUCUCCAGUCUCUCUGCAGGGUCAUACCCCGCGCAUCCAGGAGCAGCUACAGGACAACAAGCACACCCUGGCUGAGCUCUCCAAGCUGGGGCUGGGGAGUGUCCGGACCCAGGCUGACGAGCUCCUGGCCAACACGCUGGCAGCGUGGGACGCCUCCAUCGGUACAGCGAUCCAGGAGCAGGUGUCCAGCCUGACCCAGCUGUGGGAGGAGGCUCAGAGGCAGGCUCAGGAGAGAGAUGGCUGGCUGCUCAACCUGCUGGACCUGGCCCUCAAGUUCUGGAGCGAUGUUAGUGARGUGUCGGCCGGCCUGAACGAUGCCCAACAGGCUGUCCUGGACCUGAACGCCAGUAGGACAGACUCAGAGACCAUCCGCCAGAGCCUGGAGACCAUGCAGACACUCAGGAAGGACAUUGACAGUCUACAGGGGGAGCUGGACACGCUUGGCAUUCUGGGAAUGGACCUGAUGUCAGCAUGUGGGGAUACAGACAAACCUGACGUCACCAAGAGCCUAGAUGAGCUCUACUGCACAUGGAACAACSUGAGUAAACUCUGGAGUGAGUGUCACAAAAAGCUGGAGGAAUCUUUACAGAUGGCUCUACAUUACCAGGACACCAUACAGGGGCUUUUCGAGUGGCUCAAGUCAGCAGAGCUGAGAUCRACAGAGGAGUUCUUGGUAGGAACUGACCUGGAGUCAGUCAAAGAGCAGCUGUGUGAUCUCAAGGAGUUUAAACGGGAGCUAUACCAGAAGAAGAUCGAGAUGGAGAGCCUGAGCCACCGCUUCGUGUGCAGYCUGUCUCCAGGCUCGGAGCGUCCCGGAUCUGUCUCUCCCCUGUGUGACUUCAGACAGCGCUGGGARAGCCUGGAGGCAGAGACCGUCAGCAGACAGCAUCAGCUGGAGUGCUCCCUGCUGGGUCUGGGUCAGUUCCAGAACACUCUGGAUGAGCUGCACACCUGGCUCUCCCACACAGCCGACCUCCUCCAGUGCAGUCGGCCAAUCAGCAUCGACCUGCAGGCYUGCGAGAUAGAGCUGGCCAAACACAAGGUGCUGCGUAAUGACGUCAUGUCCCACGUGCGUACGGUGGAGUCUUUGAACCAGGCGGGGCGGGGCCUGUUGGAGGUGGGGACUGGGGACAGCCCUCACGGUCUGCACCCGCGGCUGGAGCAGCUGAACGAACGCUGGGAGUUUGUCCGCUGUGAGACAGAGCGCAGACAGCUACAGCUGGAGAACAACCUCAGUCAGGUCCAAGAUGUUACCAUGGAGAUCCAGGAUCUUCUUCAGUGGUUGGAGAACACAGACCUGAGGCUGUCCUCCAGUAAGACAGUGUGGGGGAUGCCUGACUCUGCCAGCGAGAGGCUCAACGCACAUCUGGAACUGUGUAAUGAGAUGGACUCCAAGCUCCAUGCCUACACAGACGUGAGGAACGCCAUCCGCAGGAUGUUGGAGAGCAGCAACGUGACCCGAGGCUCCAGCACGGAACACAGCCUCUGUAUCCUGGAGCAGAAGUGGGCUACCGUCUACGGGAAAGUACAGAACCGCAAGGCUAAGCUAACCGAAGGGUUAGCCUGGCGAAGGAGUUCCACUGUAAUGUCCAGGAGCUGUUGACCAGGAUGGCCAAGUGUGAGGAGGCCAUAGGAGUCCUGCCUGUCCCAGCUUUGUCCUGGACACAGUCUGUGGCCAGCUUCAAGACCACCGGACUCUGGUGAGUGAGGUGAACUGUUACGGUGAGAAGAAGACAGUGGUGGAGAGUGCAGGCUCCAGGCUGGCCGAGUUGAGCAGGAAGGAGGACUGUGACGUGG